AUUAGAAGAUCUGAAGAUGGAAAUUUCAAAAUCGACAGAUGAAGGCCUUAUGCCCGAAGCAUUGACGCUUCUGCUCCUUGGAUGCUGCCUGACCUACAGUGCUUUUCCAGCGUCACACUUUUGAACUCUUAACUCUCCAGUAACUGCAAUCCUCACUUUCACAUAAAUGUCUGACAGUAACACUGGGAUAUCGGGACUGCAACGAUUUUUGACUGUGAUUCUGUGAGAGGAGCAAAGCAUUUGCUUCCUGCUCAAGUACAUUUUCGGAAUCUGUGGUACUGGAUGAGAGACCCUACGUUGCAGCGCAGUGAGAGUGGAGCCUGAAACAGUUAUACGGCCUGGAAAGACAAAUUCACGGCAGGGUGGGGCUGUACCCACGUUUGUGUGCGGCUGAAGUUUCGGCCAUGGAGAAACCCGAGGAAUCCCGCUCUGUGAAGAAACCGUGGAAGUGUGGCGACUGUGGGAAAGGCUUCUGUGCCCCGUCUGCUCUGGAGACUCAUCGACGCAGUCACACCGGUGAGAGGCCCUUCAGCUGCCCCGAGUGCAGGAAGGGCUUCACCCAGGCAUCUGCCCUGCUGACCCACCGGCGGAUCCACACGGGGGAGAGGCCUUUCAGCUGCCCUGAGUGUGGGAAGGUCUUCAGCAAUUCCUUUGCCCUGCUGAGGCACCAGCGAAUCCACAAGGGGGAGAGACCACUCUCCUGCCCCGACUGCGGGAAGGCCUUCAGUGAUUCCUCCCACCUUCUGACACACCGGCAGGUCCACACAGGGGAAAGGCCCUUCAGUUGCUCCGAGUGCAGGAAGGCCUUUACCCAGGCCUCUGCCCUGCUGAUCCACCAGCGGCUCCACACAGGGGAGCGGCCCUUCAGCUGCCCAGAGUGCGGUAAAGGCUUCAGCGAUUCCUCCACCCUGCAGACCCACCAGCGGGUCCACACGGGGGAGAGGCCCUUCAGCUGUUGUGAAUGUGGGAAGUGCUUUACCCAGGCCUCUGCCCGGCUGAGACACCAGCGGUCCCACACCGGGGAGAGGCCCUUCAGGUGCCCCGAGUGCGGGAAGGGCUUUGCCCGGGCCUCCAACCUCCAGACACACCAGCGGAUCCACACGGGGGAGAGGCCCUUUAGUUGUCCCGAGUGCGGGAAGUGCUUUACCCAGGCCAUCACACUUCAGAAACACCAGCAGGUCCACAUGGGGGAGAGGCCCUUCAGUUGCCCCAGGUGCAGUAAGGUGUUCACCUGCUCCUCCCAGCUGCAGAGGCACCAGCAAGUUCACAAACCGUGGAAGUGUGGAGACUGUGGGAAAGAUUUCCGUUUCCCAUCUGCUCUGGAGAUUCAUCGUCGCAGUCACACUGGGGAGAGGCCAUUCCCCUGCACCGACUGCGGGAAGGCCUUCAGCAAUUCCUCCAACCUGGUGAGGCACCGGCGAGUCCACACGGGGGAGCAGCCCUUCAGGUGCUCCACAUGCGGGAAGGGCUUUACCCAGGCCUCCACCCUGUUGGCCCACCGGCAGGUCCACACUGGGGAGAGGCUGUUCAUCUGCACCGAAUGCGGGAAGGGCUUCAGCAAUUCCUUUGCCCUGCUGACCCACCAGCGGGUCCACACGGGGGAGAGGCCAUUCCCGUGCACAGAGUGCAGGAAGGCCUCCAACAGUUCCUCUGACAGGCUGAAGCACCAGCGGUUCCACAUGGGGGAGAGGCCCUACAGCUGCCCAGAGUGCAGGAAGGGCUUUACCCAGGCCUCUGACCUGCUGAGGCACCGGCGGGUCCACACAGGGGAGAGGCCAUUCACCUGCUAUCAGUGCGGGAAGAGCUUUAGCCGCUCCUCCCACCUGCAGAGUCACCUGCGGAGAUCACAUGCCAUCGCAGGGGGUUUAAAGCAGUGACGGCUGGAGACAAGGUAUGGAUUUAAAUUGGUGCAUGAG